AUGAAAGAAACGAUCAUGAACCAAGAAAAGCUUGCCAAGCUCCAGGCCCAAGUGCGCAUUGGUGGCAAGGGUACUGCCCGCAGAAAGAAGAAGGUUGUCCACAGAACAGCUACAGCAGAUGACAAGAAACUUCAGUUUUCUUUAAAGAAACUGGGUGUCAACAAUAUAUCUGGAAUUGAAGAGGUAAAUAUGUUUACCAACCAAGGAGCAGUCAUUCACUUCAAUAACCCUAAAGUUCAGGCAUCCCUGGCUGCUAACACUUUCACUAUCACUGGCCAUGCUGAGACAAAGCAGCUGACAGAAAUGCUUCCUAACAUCUUAAAUCAACUUGGAGCUGACAGUUUGACUAGCCUGAGGAGAUUGGCAGAAGCCCUACCCAAGCAAUCUGUGGAUGGAAAAGCACCACUUGCUACUGGUGGUGGUGAUGAUGAUGAUGAAGUUCCAGAUCUUGUUGAAAAUUUUGAUGAAGUUUCAAAGAAUGAGGCAAACUGAACUGACAGUUUCUGAAUAAAAUUAAAACUUGAAAAAGCUAUAUGAAGCUGCUAUUUUAUAUUAUGACUACUUUUAUUCAAUUUUAUUUUUAUUUCCUGAUGAGAUGUCAAGAUGUGUAAUAUUUGGAAACUCUUGAACCUGCAACUCUUUUUCAGUUAUUGCUUGUACACAGUAUUGUUUUUGUGGCCUAGUUGAACAAACCUAUGCUUUGAAAUAAG